AUGGCCGCAGUGAUGAACAGACCGAAAGUGGACGAGACCAGCAAGUCGACAAUGCGCACCCUUAGCCUGAACGGACAUGUAGGGUUUGAUAGCAUGCCCGACCAGCUAACACAUAAGUCUGCUCAAAACGGCUUCGUGUUCAACAUACUGUGCAUUGGCGAAACGGGCCUGGGAAAAUCGACACUAAUGGACUCGCUGUUUAACACCAAUUUUGAAUCCACCCCGUCCACACACAAUUUGCCAAAUGUGAAACUGAAGGCUCACACUUAUGAAUUGCAAGAGAGCAAUGUUCAACUUAAGUUGACGCUUGUCGAGACGGUUGGUUAUGGUGAUCAAAUAAACAAAGAAGACAGUUUCAAAUCUAUUGUAGACUACAUUGAUACACAAUUUGAAUAUUAUUUACAAGAAGAACUGAAAGUAAAGCGUUUACUGUCAACAUAUCACGACACGAGAGUUCAUACUUGUUUGUAUUUCAUCUGUCCUACUGGACAUGGAUUAAAAUCAAUUGAUUUAGUGUGUAUGAAAAAACUUGAUACCAAGGUAAAUGUGAUUCCAAUUAUUGCCAAAGCAGAUACUAUCUCUAAGUCUGAAUUACAAAAGUUUAAGACAAAAAUAAUCACUGAAUUGCGAUCAAAUGGAGUAGAAAUUUAUGAGUGCCCAACUGAAGAUGAAACUAUAGCUGAUGUCAACUCUAAUAUGAAUUCUCAUGUACCAUUUGCUGUUGUUGGAAGCACGGAUUUUGCCAAAGUUGCAAACAAAAUGGUGCGCGCUCGUCAGUAUCCGUGGGGAACAGUUCAAGUUGAAAAUGAAUCACAUUGUGAUUUUGUCAAGCUAAGAGAGAUGUUAAUUAGAACUAACAUGGAAGAUUUGCGAGAAAAAACUCACGAUAAACACUAUGAAUUGUAUCGAAAAAUGCGAUUGGAACAAAUGGGCUUUAGUGAUGUGGACAACGAAAAUAAGCCACUAAGCUUCCAGGAAUCAUUUGAAGCAAAGCGUAGUCAUCAUUUACAAGAGCUGCAGAAUCGGGAAGAUGAAAUGAGACAAAUGUUUGUUGUCAGAGUAAAAGAAAAGGAAGCAGAAUUGAAAGAAGCUGAAAAAGAGUUACAUGCCAAAUUUGAUAAACUGAAACGCGAUCAAGAUGACCAGAAGAAAAGGUUGGAAGAACAGAGAAGAAAGUAUGAAGAUGAUCUUACGGAGUUCAACAGAAGGAAGCAUCAGUAUUCCAGCAUGGGACAUCAUACUCUGACUUUAGGCAAGAGUAAAAAGAAAUAAAUAUUCUCUUAAGACGAAUAUGGUAAACUAAUAUUAUUUUAACUUAAUGAAAUGAUUAUAAUAUAUAUUAUCAUAAAUUAUUUUACUUUUAUUUAUUAGACUAAUGCACUUAUUCAUUUAUCUAUUCCAUUAAUAGAUACUGACUACUGAAUUUAUACUUACUAUUUUGUGUGAGAUUAAUUAAUCAAUGUGAUUAAUAAAUAAAUAAAUUGUAGAUUUUUGGAACACAAAUUACAUUUUUAACAUUUCAAUAGAAUAAAAUUGAAUGUAUGCGUAAAAGCAAAACUAUUUUACAGCCAAUACUAUUUAUUACAAUAAUGUUUUAUUCGCAAAAAGUAUAGAUGUAAUAUUGUUACAUACCAUUAUUGCAGCCAAUUCUUAAUACAUGCUAUUUCCUUUAUUUGAAUAUGAAUAGGGGUUAUUGUACAUAAUCCUCAUAGCUAUAUCUAAUUAUUUUUAUACUACUUUAUUUGUUAUUAUUUUUACCUUUAUAAAAAUAAAUACCAACAAAUCAAUAUCCAUAGUUUAUAAUUUAUAUUUUUUAGUCUUAUGAUAAAAAAUAUAGUGUACAUCACAAUUACUUUUGUUUGUGCCAAAUUUUAAAUGCGUUCAAAUAAGAAUAUUAUAUGUUUGUCUUCCUAAAUAUUUUUCCUCUAAAAAUUACAAAAUACUUUUACAUAAAAUAAGUUUUAAUCAUAGUGGUAUUACUCACAGUUUUUUAAUUUUGUACUUGAUUUUUUUUAAGGUUGUGUCUUGAUUAUAUUGUGCAAAUUUUUUUUCUUCAACUAUUUGUGUUAAUUGCAGUAUUGUUUGAUUUUGAAAAGUAAGAUUAUUAAUUGUGGAAUAUGGUUUUAAAUUACACUUUUACCCUUGUGUCUACCUACCACAUAAAAUAUUAAAUGUUAUUAUCAAACCUUAAAGUCUUGUAUGGUCCAAUAUUCGCAUUUAUAUACAUGGUUAUUGGAUUUUAAAUAUGAAAUAUUUUAUUUAUCUCAAUACCAAUGAACUAUUUAUUCUCAGCUGUUUAUUUAGAAUGAUAAACUUUUUGUUGUAUAAGUCAAAUCUGUAGUCCCUUAUUUUACUUAAGAAUAUUAUGUACUUGACUUUUUAUUUUUUGUCCUAUUUCAUAUAAAAGUAUUGUGUACUUAUUACAAUUUGUAUUCAGAUUAUUUAUAGACUUUGUCUGGUAAACAUUUUUAUAAAUACAUAACAAUAUCUGGCCAUUUAUCGGGCCUCGUUCAGAAA